AGCCAUUUUGGCUCAAGGUGGUCUCUUCGGAGUCUGCAGUGGCGCCAGGCGCGAGGGUGAACCGACCCAGCAGCCCGAUGGCGUCGACACCGAUGAUGGCGACACCGAUUCAUGCUGGUUUCAUGCCCGAUGGCUCGCCAGGAAACUUGCAAAGGGGCCAGCGCAGGAAGAAGACUAACCCCUUCGCCGUGCCCCCCAUGCAGCCGUACGGCAUGAUGCCCGACGCGGCGGCCAUGAACUACAUGGCUAGUGCACAAGGAUAUUUCCCACCACCUAUGUACCCCGACCCUUACGCGAUGCACAUGAUGCGCGGUAUGUACCCCCCGAUGCCGCCCAUGAUGCCCAUGGACGUCGAUGGAUACGGCGGCGGCUUGCGCGGCGGCGGCGGCUGCGGCGGCCCGGGCCCGCGGGGUCCAGCGGCGCUCGGGGGUCGCAAGGGCGGCGCGGGCCGGGGCGGCAAAGGCCAGGACGGCAAGGGUGGCGGCCGCGGGAAGGGCGGGCAGCGAGGACGCCCCGCGCUGCGGGGGGGGGCGUUUCCGCAGUCGGGGCUGGCUGGCUGGUUCGCCAGAGGAGGAGGAGGUCCCCACAUCUCUGCCCUUCCCUGGCUUGCCCCUCUGUGGGCCUCCUGGGCGGCCCUCGUCGCCACCGCUGGGUUCGCCUCGAAAUCUUGGUCAGAGCGCACUCCGGGAGACGUCCUCC